GGCAUCUCAUACUCUACUCAACUUACGCAUCAAUGGGUGGCGGAGCAAGGUAUCCCUAUCCUAAGGCGGUCUGGUCCCCAGCCGGUGGCUGGUGGGGUCAACCCAGAGCCUGGAAAACAAACACCGCUGUCCUCUUCGCAGGCAUCCUCGCGGUCGCGUAUGGCACUUGGACGAUCAGCGCAGAACAUGAGAGGCGAGACGUUCUCCCGAACCGUUGGAUACCUUCGAUGAUGUGGGCGAAACAGUUCAAAGACGCGGAGAAGAAGAAGCUAGAAGAGUCGCAGUCACAGUCAUAGAGUCCGCAUUGUGCCCGUUGCAUUCUCUCCGAAUACACCUUUUCCUGCUCCUUUUUCGAGUGUAUCUUCCUCAACAAACAAUUGUCCCGAGUCUCGGGCAUUCGGAAUCGCCUCUACUCCGCGGGGCAACGAAGGGGAUGGUGUGCGAAACCCGGCCGGCACGUCCCCCUUUAGUCUUCAAAGGCUGAGGAAACGAAGAUCAUGGUUUGUUAUGAUUUACGUCCCGGAAUACUGACGUAUGCAGCAGCAGAAUAUAUUUGUAACGUCUAGAUCCCUAUCGAACACCGAAUAGCGACACCAGGACCGUACCCUGACAGCAAGCACAGAACAA